UUCCCCUUCGUGAAUUCUCUUCUUUCACGUACCUUCUCUAUUACCUCCUCACAUCUCAAAACCCAUCUCAUACUUUCAAAAUGCCUCGCCAAUUUUUCGUCGGUGGGAACUUCAAGAUGAACGGUAAUGUCGACAGCAUUACCAGCAUCCUCAACAACCUCAACGCUGCCGACCUCGAUCCCUCCACCGAGGUUGUCAUCUCUCCUCCUUCCAUGUUCCUCCUCCUCUCCCGCCAGAUCGCCAACGAGAAGAUUGGGGUUUCUGCUCAGAACGUCUUCGACAAGCCCAACGGUGCCUUCACCGGUGAGAUCAGUGUUCAGCAGCUUCAGGAGGCCAACAUCGACUGGACCAUUCUCGGACACAGUGAGCGUCGUGUGAUCCUCAAGGAGGCCGACGAGUUUAUUGCUCGUAAGGCCAAGGCUGCUAUUGACGGUGGUCUCAACGUCAUUUUCUGCAUCGGUGAGACACUCGAGGAGCGUGAGGCCAACAAGACUAUCGAUGUGGUGACCCGUCAACUGAAUGCUGCUGCCAAGGAGCUCUCCAAGGAGCAGUGGACUAAGGUUGUGAUUGCUUACGAGCCAGUCUGGGCUAUCGGAACUGGCAAGGUCGCUACCACUGAGCAGGCCCAGGAGGUUCACGCCGCUAUCCGCAAGUGGCUGGUCGCCUCUAUCUCUGCCGAAGCCGCCGACAACACCCGAAUCAUUUACGGUGGGUCGGUGAGCGAGAAGAACUGCCGCGAACUGGCCAAGCAGGAAGACGUUGACGGUUUCCUUGUUGGCGGCGCCAGUCUGAAGCCUGCCUUCGUUGAUAUUAUCAACGCCCGUCUGUAAAGAUGCUAGGUCCCGAUCGCCUGACGGCAACAGCCUGAUGCAACUCUCUUUGCGGCGAAACUCAGACAUCAAAUAUAGCUAGAGUGUCUUUAAUGGCACCAGCGGACGUCCGACCAUGAAAACGUCCAUGAUUUAGGUGGCUUCAUCUAAUAUAUC